AUUGUUGCUGUAAUUGUUUACCUAUAAAACACGCAAUAAAAAUGUUAGAAGCGUGAGAACCGAAAGCUCAAUCUCAUAUACCCCAUCAAUUUUUUAUUUACCACUUGCCCACUUUGAAAGUUUGAUGAUUUUCAGUACCCCGAAAAAAACCCCUAGAAGUUUUCAUUUUUCACCUAUCCUUUUUAUUUUCUCGGCCGUUAAUACUUAUUCCGGGAGCCAAUUCCUAUGUCGGAAAUCUCAACUUUACCGGAAAAUCCAGGAACUUUCGCCGCCGUUGACCGGGGGAACGAGGAGUGUGCUGUUUCGGCGUUGGUUUCGGUACCGUCCGGGGAUGAAGAGAGAGUGGGAAUUGAAGAGGGUGACCGGAACUGGUCUGGUAGCCGGUGGUCGAGGCAAGAGUCUCUGGCUUUGCUCGAGAUAAGGUCUGACAUGGACGAUACCUUCAGGGACUCUGCCACCAAGGCUCCUCUCUGGGAAGCGGUUUCCAGGAAAUUAGCGGAGCUUGGAUAUACUCGAAGCGCCAAGAAGUGCAAGGAGAAGUUUGAGAACAUAUACAAGUACCACAAGAGGACCAAAGAAGUUCGGUCGGGCCGAUCCAAUGGCAAGAAUUAUCGGUUUUUUGAGCAGUUAGAGGCUUUAGAUAGCAACCCGCAACUUGCUUCUCCUUCUCCUUGCCCAGAAAAGGUCCAGGCUUCCUUGAAAGAAACGGGGGGGAUAGUGGCGAAUACUGCGGAGCCAACUAGUUCUAUUCAAAAUUCAGUUCAGCAUUCUAUCAUUUUCGCGGAUAACACCACUCCAUCCACAUCUUCAUCCCUUAAGGAGUUGGAAGGCAUGAGGAAGAAGAAGAAGAAGAAAUUGACCGAGUAUUUUGAGGGAUUAAUGAAGGUAGUCAUCGAGAAACAGGAGAACUUGCAGAGGAAACUUAUAGAGGCAUUGGAUAAGUGUGAGCAAGAUCGAAUGGCAAGAGAAGAAGCAUGGAGGAUGGACGAAUUGGAUAGAAUUAAGAGAGAGCGCGAAAUUUUGGUUCAAGAAAGAUCAAUUACAGCAGCAAAGGAUGCUGCCGUCCUUGCCUUCUUGAAGCAGUUUUCUGAGCAGGCGAGCUCGGUGCAAUUGCCUCAGGAGUCAGCAAUGGUCUCAACACCAGUGGAGAAAGUUGUGGAAGGGCAAGACAAUAGUCACGGUGGAGAUGUUAUGGGGCAAGUAAAACAUAACGGUGGGAAUGUUUUGGACAAUCAAGAGGAUAACAGUUGUGUAUAUAAUUUGGAGAAGCAAGAAAAUGACAAUCGUGGGAAUUCUAUUCAGAAGAGCUCCGCUCGAUGGCCUAAAGAUGAAGUUGACGCUUUGAUUAGGCUGAGGACUAACCUUGACUAUCAGUAUCAAGAAAAUGGGCCCAAAGCAUCUCUAUGGGAGGAGAUAUCAAUUGCAAUGAAAAAGAUUGGUUAUGAUCGGAGUGCAAAGAGGUGUAAAGAGAAGUGGGAGAAUAUAAACAAGUACUUCAAGAGGGUAAAAGAAAGCAAUAAGAAAAGGCCUGAGGACUCGAAGACCUGUCCUUAUUUUCACCAGCUCGAUGCUUUAUAUACUGGGAAGACUGCGAAGGUUGAAAAAUCAACUAAUUCUGGCAAUGAGUUGAAGCCCGAGGAGCUUUUGAUGCACAUGAUGAAUGGACAAGAAGAGCAACAGAGGACGGAAUCGGUAACGGAGGGCAGUGAUGGAGAGAAUGCUGAUCAGAUUCAAGUAGAUAAGGAAGAUGAAGAUGCGGAUGGCUAUCAGGUUGUAGUAAGUGAUCCUUCUUCAAUGGCAACUGUGGGUUGAGGAGACACCGGUGAGAACCUUUUUUCCAGAGGUGAAGGUGAAGCGGGUGUCGGUCAGGGUCCAUUACUGAGGCUACCCCAGGCUUGUGUGGAUCAGAUUGUGGUUGGUGAGAAAUUCAUUUUGAUUCAAUAUGAUUGCAUCUUUUGGGAAAUGGCAUCUUCUCUCUAUGUAGUUAAUGUUCAUCAUUUGUUGAUACGGAUGAGAAAGUGAGAUAGAUAGGUACAGAGAUAGGAAUAAAUAAAAUAAGGAGGUUAGUGUGUAAUUUAAUACAGCUUUCUUUUGACAGUGAACACCGACAUGCUUGUAGAAGUUGGAAGUGGUUGGUUGUAUUUGUUUGUACUAAUAAAAAUUAGCAUCAGCAGUAAUGCUGCAA